AAUGUUAAAUGUUAAUAAAGUAAUGUUAAGAUGAACAUUAACCUACUAACAAUUAAAGUUAUAAUGUAAUGUAAAAUUAAUCAAUGCUGUAUGAAGUGGAAUGUGCGAAAGUAAUAUCGUACCUUUUUGUGAUAAUGUUAAUUUAGGCUGCAUGUUUUCACCCUAAGUAAACAACUUUUCUAAAGUGAGUUAUUCUUCUGCCAGUUGUGAAGUUUCAGCUAAUUAGGCAAGAGCAACACACAUAGUAUUACAAAUACAAGACGUUUAUAAAUUUUUAACGACUUCUAUUAUACAAAAAGAAGCAUGAAUAAAAAAAUUAGCUUCGGUAAAAUAAGCUCAAACUUUGGGCAAAACAGCAAAAAACUUGAAGUGACUGGUUCGAUAGGAAUGUUUGGACCUCCAAAGGCGAUUGAAACACUAGAAGACGAUAAGGAAGGAAAACAACUGAAAGAAGUUAUGGGUAUCUCUACGUUCGGGAAGAAAGCCAAGACUUUUGACAUCAUGGAAAUGAUUGCUCAGGUCAAAGCGACGGCCAGAGAAAUAACAAAGAAACCCGAAGAAGAUACCUUUUCAGAAAGUGAAGACGAAGAAGAUUUUAUUGGUCCUCCUAUUCCUCAUAAUUUCACAGCAGACAAUGAUGAGGGUGAAAAAAUAAAAAAGAAAGGUCAUAGUGAUGAAGAUGAAGACAGUGAUGACUAUGAAGAAGACACUCAAUCUGAUGGUCUGUUUAUACCAUGUUCCCAUGAAACUCAAAUGAUCCAUGGAACCAAAGCUGUUACAGCUAUGAGUGUAGAUCCAAGUGGAGCUCGUCUUGCAUCAGGUUCUGUGGACUACGAUGUAAGCUUCUGGGAUUUUGCUGGAAUGGACUCAAACAUGAGAAGUUUUCGAACCUUACAGCCUGCAGAUAAUCAUCCUAUUCGAGGUCUUCACUACUCUAAUACUGGGGACUUGCUACUAGUUAUUUCUGGAGCCAGCCAAGCUAAAGUCAUUGACAGAGAUGGCUUUGAAAAACUCGAAACAGUAAAAGGUGACAUGUAUAUUACAGACCAAGCCAGGACCAAAGGACACACUGCUGGACUUCUUACAGGGGUUUGGAAUCCCAUCACCAAAGAAGAAUUUUUGACAACCAGUGCCGAUGGGACAGUGAGAACUUGGGAUUUUUAUGAAGGCGGAAAAAACCACAAAAGCAUCAUCAAGUGUCGGGCACAGAAUGGUUUGAAAGUUUCACCGACGGCAGUGAACUAUAAUCGUGAAGGGAAAGUUAUUUCCUGCGGUUGUGCUGACGGGUCUCUACAGCUUUGGGACUCACGGAAGAGCACUGUAGCCCCUGCAAUGCAGAUCAGGAAGGCUCAUCAACCCGUUGAAAUAACGAGUAUUUGUUUUUCUCAUGUAGGAGACUAUUUACUUACCAGGAGUUGUGAUGAGACCAUGAAGCUCUGGGACGUCAGGAACUUUAAACAGGCUGUUCACGAAGUUGGAAAUUUGUUUACGAGAUAUGAUACUACAGAUGCUAUUUUCAGCCCGAAUGAUGCUAUUGUUGCGACUGGAGUAUCUUUAAAGAAAGGUGAGAAGGAUGGCAUGGUUUAUUUCUAUGACACUACGAACUUCAAACUCAUCCGGAAAUUAAAUGUUUCCCAGUCACACACCAUAAAACUCUGCUGGCACCCAAAACUGAAUCAAAUAUUUGUUGGUGGUGGUAACGGAAUCGUCAAGUGCUACUACGAUGAAAAACUGAGCUUGAGAGGUGUCACUUUAUGUGCGGUUAAAAUGCAUCGUAAAGCGCAGCAUUCAGAAAUCGUCAGCACAACGCAAGUCAUCACACCACACGCUCUGCCACUGUUCAGGCAAGAGAGGAGAAAAACCAGCAGGAAGCAGAUGGAGAAGGAUCGGCUAGACCCGGUGAAAUCUCACAGACCGGAUUUGCCAAUCACCUCGGGGCAGGGUGGCAGAGUUGCUUCCAGCGGGGGAACUCUCAGUAGUUAUGUUAUUAGGAAUCUGGGAUUGAGCAAGAGGGUCGAGGAUGAUCAGGAUCCCAGGGAGGCUAUAUUGAAAUAUGCGAAAGACGCUGAGGAAAAUCCUUAUUGGAUUACUCCUGCUUAUAAAACUACUCAGCCCCAAGCUUGUACUAGCAAAUAUACCUCAGAGGAAGAACCGGAACCAAAGAAACCACGAACUGAGUGAUUUUAAAAGUUGAAGUGAAUUUUGUAUAUAUGUAUAUAUUAUUAUUAAUAGAAGUGGAUGAAUUUUUUUUUACUCAAAAUAUGUUGUGUGUUUCUUGGUACUGAAAAUAAGUUAUU